AUAAACAUCAAAUAAAUGAAUGCAAUUAAUGUAGGCUUAAUGGGUGGCUGCAACAAGCAGACUUGAGGUAUGCUUAACAGAGAAGGUUCCCAUUAGCCUUGAUGGUUCAUUUCCAGCAUUCAGCACUCCCAGACCCUCUUUUCACAUCGGGCUGGAUGACUCAGAAAAACAUCGGAAUGCCAGGCAGCAGCCUGGCGUUUUCUGACUUUGCUUUGGUUGGUUCUUUUGCUUUUUGUACAAAAGACUGGUAGUGUGGAAAUAACUCCCAAGCCGGUGGCCUGUUCUAGAAGGAAUGGUCCCAAACAGCCCUCUCUUCCCUUCAUUUAGGUGUCCACUGUCCCUGCUUGUCCAUGUCUGGCUUCACUAGCAAGGAUUCCCUACACCUUCUGUGCUGCCUUCAUCUCCCCUGGAGCUGUGUGGCUCCCUUUUGGCCAGGAGUUGAUUUCCUAAUUUCAAAUAUUGGCUGUAGCACCCAGGUAGGGGGCUGUGGCAGACAAAACACCUUGAAAGAUACAGGUCAGUGCCCAGCCUGCCUGGUCACCCAGACUUAACCCUACUCUGAUCCUUCAAGUUGUGCGUGUCCCCUGGGUGAGGUACCGAGGGGAAGGCAGAGGGUAGAGGAGUGGGGGGCACUCCGGGACCCCCGGCCCCUCACCAGCCUCAGCAACUUCUCCCACUUCUUAGGGGGAGGAGAAAUCCAGCCCUCAAGGGAGCAGGUGAUGCUCCGCUCCAGCCCCAUCCCAAUGGGCUUGCCAAUGCUGCGGGGAGGGACACUUGGCUGUGAAGAGUUAACAGAGGGAUUCAGGGUGCUCCAAGCAUGGGUCUUGUGUGCACCUCACAGCUGCAGCAGCCAAUCCCGGGCAACAGAACCAUGAACUAGAUGUAGCAUGGUGUAAAAGCAAAGUAAAGAAAAUAGGGUGUAAACUGUCACGGUGUACUGGAAGACAGGAGAGGUGCUUUUCUGGGCUGCGAUUGCUGUGCUACUUAGCAUCAUGCAUUUAAAAAGGUGUUGAGGGAAAGCUAAGAGAAUGAAGGCUCUAAGUCCCCAGUGGAAGCAUGAUAUGGCGAUGCAGUGCUGGUGCUGAAUUGUUCUCUCUGAUGGCUCUAUGGGAGUGGAUAGCACUGAGUCUUCAUUGCUGGGUUUUAGCAGUUGCUGCUGUUUCGGAUCAGCAUGCCACAAGCCCCUUCGACUGGCUCCUCUCUGAUAAGGGACCCUUUCAUCGCUCACAGGAAUACACAGAUUUUGUGGACAGAAGUCGACAGGGAUUUAGCACAAGAUACAAGAUUUACAGAGAGUUCGGCCGCUGGAAAGUAAACAAUCUUGCUGUUGAAAGAAGAAAUUUCCUUGGCUCCCCACUGCCACUUGCCCCUGAAUUCUUCCGUAACAUAAGGCUACUCGGACGCCGCCCGAGCCUUCAACAGAUCACAGAAAACCUUAUCAAGAAAUAUGGGACACAUUUCCUACUAUCAGCUACCUUGGGAGGAGAGGAGUCGCUCACGAUUUUUGUGGACAAACGGAAGCUGAGCAAGAGAUCAGACGGAAGCGAUCCCAGCACAAACAGCUCCACCGUCACACUGGAGACCCUGCACCAGCUGGCAGCCUCGUACUUCAUCGACAGGGACAGCACCCUGCGCCGGCUCCACCACAUCCAGAUCGCCUCCACUGCCAUCAAGGUAACAGAAACGCGGACUGGUCCUCUUGGCUGCAGUAACUAUGACAACCUAGAUUCUGUCAGCUCUGUUCUGGUUCAAAGUCCUGAAAAUAAGAUUCAGUUGCAAGGUCUUCAGGUCAUACUGCCUGAGUAUCUGCAAGAACAUUUUGUCCAGGCAGCUCUGAGCUAUAUUGCCUGUAAUUCAGAAGGGGAGUUCAUCUGUAAGGACAAUGACUGCUGGUGUCAGUGUGGUCCCAAGUUCCCAGAGUGCAACUGUCCCUACAUGGACAUUCAAGCCAUGGAAGAGAAUCUGAUCCGCAUAAGUGAGACCUGGAAUGCAUACAACAGUGAAUUUGAAGAAUCAGAUGAAUUCAAAUUAUUUAUGAAAAGGCUGCCCAUGAAUUAUUUCCUGAACACAUCUACUGUAAUGCAUUUGUGGACAAUGGAUUCUAAUUUUCAGCGUCGCUAUGAGCAACUAGAAAACAGCAUGAAGCAACUCUUCCUCAAGGCACAGAAAACUGUUCACAAGCUCUUUGGUCUCAGUAAGAGAUGCCAUAAACAGCCACUGAUCCGCAUGCCAAGGCAAAGAUCUUCCAACUAUUGGCUCAACCGCAUCCAGUCCUUUCUCUACUGCAACGAAAACGGCCUCCUGGGAAGCUUUUCCGAAGAGACUCACACGUGCACCUGCCCUAACGACCAGGUCGCCUGCCACGGGUUCCUCCCCUGCACGGUUGGGGACGGCUCCGCGUGCCUGAGCUGCGCUCCUGACAAUCGCACCCGCUGCGGGAGCUGCAACGUCGGCUACAUGCUGAGCCAAGGGCUUUGCAAGCCCGAGGUGGCCGAAUCGACAGAGCACUACAUUGGGUUCGAGACUGACCUUCAGGAUAUGGAAAUGAAGUAUUUAUUGCAGAAGACAGACCGGAGGAUUGAGGUCCAUGCCAUUUUCAUCAGCAAUGACAUGCGCCUCAACAGCUGGUUUGAUCCUUCUUGGCGCAAGCGAAUGCUCCUUACUCUUAAGAGUAACAAGUACAAGUCCAGCCUGGUCCAUAUGAUACUGGGCCUCUCUCUUCAAAUUUGCCUAACUAAAAACAGCACCUUAGAGCCCGUUCUUGCUGUUUAUGUUAACCCUUUUGGGGGCAGCCACUCUGAGAGCUGGUUUAUGCCUGUGAAUGAAAAUAAUUUCCCAGACUGGGAGCGGACUAAACUGGACUUGCCCCUUCAGUGUUAUAACUGGACGCUGACUCUGGGCAACAAGUGGAAGACAUUUUUUGAAACUGUACACAUUUAUUUGAGGAGUCGAAUAAAGUCAAAUGGUCCAAAUGGCAAUGAGAGCAUCUACUACGAACCCCUGGAAUUUAUUGAUCCCUCAAGAAAUCUGGGCUACAUGAAAAUCAACAACAUUCAAGUGUUUGGCUACAGCAUGCACUUUGACCCAGAAGCAAUUCGGGACUUGAUUUUGCAGCUGGACUACCCCUAUACUCAGGGAUCACAGGAUUCAGCACUUUUGCAGUUGUUAGAGAUACGGGAUCGUGUAAAUAAACUCUCUCCACCUGGUCAACGUCGUCUAGACCUCUUCUCUUGCUUGCUCCGUCAUAGACUCAAACUGUCUACCAGUGAAGUGGUGAGGAUCCAAUCUGCUUUGCAGGCCUUUAAUGCCAAAUUGCCAAACACAGUGGAUUAUGACACAACCAAAUUAUGUAGUUAACCAUAAAUGUGAAGCACAACACAAAACCUUGAAGGAGUUUUUACAGUGCUUUUGUGGAACAGUUUAUGUUUGGAAGAGUAAAUUUAAAUUGUCUUUUCAAUAUCUGUCUUAUAUCAGUCAAUACUGUUGGAUGGCAAUUUACACACAUGAACUUGCUGACAAUGAAUAUAUUAUACCUGCAGUUUUGGUUUAUGAAUGAAAUAAAUACUGACACCAGUCUAGAAGACAUUGUACUUUUUACAAUAAAUUUCAUUUGUAAUUUUAUAUGUUCCGUGGCAAUGCUUUUGUGCAUUACAUCCUCUAGAGGGAACAUAGAAGGAUACCAAUAAAAUUUUGUAGCAGAACAGUUAUUAAAAAGAAA